UCACACUCUCUCAAAACACCAAUCCCAAACCACAGCACCCUACAAAACACACACCCUAAAAAGCAGGUUCCUUUCUAUAUUCCCACGUGGCCCACACCCUUUUGCCCUUUAUGCUAUUCCGUUUCCCAAAUAAUAUCUCACGAAGCCGAGAACAGCCAAACAGAGUGCUACUUGAAAAAUUGUUCUCACCGUGUGUGUGUUGUGUGUGUGUGUGUGAGAGAGAGAGAGAGAGAAAGAGAGAGAGAGAGAGAGGUUAGGCUAUGGCUGAUGAGAGCGUCGUUGAGUCCCCAGUGAAGAGGCAGAGAGAUGAUGAUGAAGAAAAUGAGGUCUCUGUUUCCAUGGAUGUGGAGGGUGGCAAAGACCCUCUUAGUAACGGUUUAUCAUCUGUGAUUCCUGGGUGGUUCUCUGAAAUUAGUUCAAUGUGGCCUGGAGAGGCUCACUCCUUGAAGGUGGAAAAGAUUUUGUUUCAAGGAAAGUCUGAAUACCAGAAUGUCAUGGUCUUCCAGUCAUCAACAUAUGGCAAGGUUCUUGUUUUAGAUGGAGUAAUUCAGCUAACAGAAAGGGAUGAAUGUGCCUACCAAGAAAUGAUCACUCAUCUUCCUCUUUGCUCUAUUCCAAACCCCAAAAAGGUUUUGGUUAUCGGUGGAGGUGAUGGAGGGGUCAUACGAGAAGUAGCACACCAUUCUUCAGUUGAAAAGAUAGACAUUUGUGAAAUUGACAAGAUGGUUGUUGAUGUCUCCAAACAAUACUUCCCUGAUGUAGCUGUUGGGUAUGAUGAUCCUCGUGUGACACUUCAUAUUGGUGAUGGAGUUGCAUUUCUGAAGGAAGUUCCUGAAGGAACUUAUGAUGCUGUUAUAGUGGAUUCAUCCGAUCCUAUUGGUCCUGCUCAAGAGCUUUUUGAAAAGCCCUUCUUUUCGUCAGUUGCAAAGGCUCUUCGUCCAGGUGGAGUUGUGUGCACUCAGGCAGAAAGCAUAUGGCUUCAUAUGGAUAUAAUUGAGGACAUUGUGGCUAAUUGUUGCCAGAUUUUUAAAGGCUCUGUCAACUAUGCUUGGACUACUGUUCCUACAUACCCAAGUGGGAUGAUUGGUUUUAUGCUUUGCUCAACUGAGGGACCACCUGUUGAUUUCAAGCAUCCAGUGAAUCCCAUAGAUGAAAAUGAGAGUCAGAAGUCAGUAAGACCGCUGAAAUUUUACAACUCUGAGAUUCAUACCGCAGCUUUCUGCUUGCCGUCGUUUGCAAAGAGGAAGAUUGGUUCUAAAGCAAAUUAAGAAGAUUUUCUAAACCUUUGAAGGAGCUCAUGUGGCUGUUGUAGAAGUCCAACAUUCAUCCUUUCUGUAUUGGUCCAUCUAUCAAUGAGCUAUGGAAUAAGUCAGAUUAAAUUUGGCAUUGAAUAUUAACGUUUAUUUCUGGAAAUGAGUUUUAGGUGAUAAAGGUAUAAUUGAUGGAUUCAGUUGUCAGUGACUUUCCUCAUAAACACAUUUAACAAUGUGGAACUAUGAAUAUCUGUUUAGGAAAAUUUUGUUUAAUGCAAAUUGUUGUUUCUUGUGUGUUUUGAAAUUUAAA